UUGAUAAGUGAUAACACUAAAGUCCAAUCCAAACUCCAAAGUCCAUUGACAAACAAAUCAAGAAUAAAAAUUAAUUAAGCUGAAUUAUCUUAAGGACAAAGUUAUUAUGAGUUAUGACGUUACGCUCAUUAAGUCAUUUGUUAUCACCAGUAACUGUGCUAUUAAAGUAUUAUAUAAAUGGUGCUGGCUCAUGUGCUUGAGUUAUGUAUGUGUUAAAUAACAAAUUGAAUUCGUAAUACAUAUUAUAUAAAGCCAAUACGAACAGAUCGAACUUAUAAGGUCAUCUUAUCACAACGAAAUGUAAAAAGAUAAAAAGUUGAAUAGCUGAUAAUAAAUAUUUAUGUGAGUUUACUUCUAUAAAAAUUUACUAAAUAGUUUAAUUGUUUAGUUUUAACCAUAAAAACCACAAUGCAGAUAAAAACAAAAUUAUUGAAAACCUUGAUUUUGGGGGCUCCAGCAUCAGGAAAAGGAACAAUAUCAUCUCGAUUAGUAAAAAGGUAUGGGCUUGAACAUGUUUCAAGUGGAGACAAGUUGAGGGACCACAUAGAAAAGCAAACAGAUCUUGGCAAAAAAGUUAAAAGUUACUUAAAUGAAGGUAAGCUGGUACCUGAUGAUGUAAUGAUAAAUUUUAUGGUAACAGAAUUGAAGCAAGUAGAGAAUAAACCAUGGUUAUUGGAUGGUUUUCCUAGGACAGUAUCACAGGCUGAUGCACUGUGGAAAGUUAAACCUGUUGACAUUGUACUUAACCUUGUAGUUCCAUUUGAAGUUAUAAUAGACAGAGUGAAAAACCGAUGGGUGCAUUUACCAUCUGGAAGGGUCUAUAAUAUAGGUUUUAACACACCAAAAGUGAUGGGAAAAGAUGAUGAGACUGGAGAAGCUUUAAUGCAGCGGCCGGAUGAUAAGCCAGAGGCUGUAAAGAAACGCUUAGAGAUUUAUGAAAGUAUGACAAAACCAGUCAUUGAUUUUUAUAAAGAAAAGGGUAUUAUUAAACACUUUGAAGGCAGAACGUCUGAUGAAAUAUGGCCUAAAAUUACUGACUAUAUGGACAAUUUAUUGAAAGAAACAUAAGUUUAAUUAAUUUAAACAAUUACUGACUUUGAAAGGGUGUUAAAAGUAAGUAAAAUUUUUAAAAACAUGAUUUUGAUAUAUAUAUUUACUAUACAAUGUCUUCCAAUACAUAGCACAAUAUUAAAAUGAUAUCACUUAGUAUUAUUAAUUACAUAAUACAUUAUAUUAUAUUGUCUUCUAUACGGCAGUUGAUCCUAGUCAAUAUGUGUACGAAUUGUACGUGUAUUAAUUGUAAUUUUGUUGCACAAAGUACCCAAAGAUUGAAAAAGCUAACUGGCAUGCUCAACACUUAUUUUAUAAUGGAAGAAUAACUUGUAUAUUUUUAAUGCUUACAGUUGUUGUACCUCAAACCAUUAAUUUUAGGAUAGUGUGGCUAACAUUUAGACAUCACUUCAAAGAUAACUGUCAAAAUUUAAAGAAUUAUAAAAAUAUAUUUUGUGCUUAUUUAGCCUAAGUAUAUUUUUUAAUGUAAUCAUGUUAUAUGGUAUUUAAAUACUGAAUCAAUUUUGAUCUAAAUUGGUAUUGGUUAAUCGAUAUAAAUUUUAAUUUCUAAAGUUUAAAACUACUUUUAUUCACCUGUGCCUUAUAUCUAAAUACUAAUUUAAAUGAAUUUGAAUGGUGUAUCUAUGAUGAUGUACUGUAUUUUUUAUCUUGUAUAAUGUUAUUAAAUUAUUUGGUUUAUUUGACCCAUUAUGUUAACAUGGUUUAAUAAUAAUCAUUGAUGUUUCCAUAUCUAAUUAAAAAACUUAUUGGAGUUGGUAAUGUAAUGGUA